AUCGUCCCGCCUCUCUGAAGAUCCACCUCACGUCUUCUUCUCCUCCCACUUCUACCUCGAACUCCUCUCCUCCUCUCCUCCUUCCUCUCCUCACUACCGAUUUCAAAAUGGUUGCCGCUUUUGACAAGUGCGAGACCCGGCCGGCCAACAUCGACGCCAUCCUCGAGGGCCUGGACCGAUAUAACCCCGAGACCACCACCAUCUUCCAAGACUAUGUCGCCCAGCAGUGCGAGGACCGGUCGUUUGAUUGUUAUGCCAACCUGGCUCUCCUGAAGCUCUACCAAUUCAACCCCCACCUCCUCCAGGCCGAGACGGCGACCAACGUCCUCACCAAGGCUCUCACCGUCUUCCCCUCGCCCGCUUUCUCCCUCUGCCUUGCCCUGCUCCCCGCCUACACCCAGCCCUUCAACACCGACGGCCAAGCCGCCGCCCAGAACAACGACUUCGUCGAGUCCGUCCAGAAGCUCGCGCAGCUAUCCACCCUCCUGGAGUCCGCCCAGUAUGCCCAGUUCUGGUCCACCCUGAACUCGGACGACCUGUACGCCGAUCUGGUCGCCGACGUCGCCGGCUUCGAGGAGCUCGUGCGCAUCCGCAUUGCCCUCGAGAUCGGAAAGACCUUCCGCGAGAUCAGCAUCGACAUCCUCGAGCAGUGGCUGGAUCUGCGCAGCCGCGACGCCCUGGAGAAGUUCGCCACCGAGGUCUGCAGCUGGCAGGUCGACAACGCCGCUGGCGUCGUCCGCGUGCCCACCAACAAGGAGAACGAGGUCCGCAGCGAGGUCAAGAGCGAGCGCGUCGGCAUUGACAUGUUCGGCCGUGUGAUCCGUAGAGGAUUCGAGCAGGCUGCUUGAGAUUUCUCUUUUUCUUUUUCCUCUUAUUCCUUUUUCAUAUCAAAUGAGGGGGGCCCUCCAUCCCCUCAUUGGGAGGGGGCUACCUGAGCCCGAAAAAGCAUAUUCCAUAUCAUCUUUUCUCCCACUUCUUUCUUGAUCAUAAUUGUUUUUUUACUGGCUUGAAGAUCUACGGAUCAAGCUUUCUAUGUUGUUUACUCUAUUCUCUCAUGUGUUGUGUUCUUACCCCAAGGCCCUGGCUAUCAAGGGGGCCGUGUUCACUUUUGGAACUUUUUGGAGCCCAGAUGAUGACGGGGGAAGAAACUAGACUCAAUCAAUCAAUCAAUCAGCCCAAGGGGAUGAUGGGAAGUCGGGACCUGGCGCAUCGGGCGUUUUGUGUUUGCUUGCUUCGCAUGACUUACGACGGCUGCCAUCAUCGAAUGAAAUCGUGGAGAAAAUAAUCAAUAAAAAAA